CAGGAAGUCGUUCAUUCUCCAGACGCCUUCAACGCUUUUCUUCCCAGAAUGCCGAGUCCAUGAAGAGCUGCUAUGAGUCCACCCGGCUUGUUCAGAACCAGACUUUCUCUGAAGAACACAAUCGGUCUGUGGGAACCAGAAMUUGAUUCUGGUCCAGAUUCUGUCCUUCAGCCUCAACCCAGCUGUUUGUCAUUUCGGAGCAACCAAUCAAAGUCAGAACCUCUUCAGUUUAAAGGAAGGUUCUGCACAUCUGAACUGGAUCAGCACCAGUUCUUUCUCCCCAGACCAAGUUCUGAUCCAGAAUCUGAACCCAGUUGUUUGUCUCUGAAGAGCAACCAGACAGGAGGAUGGAAAUCCCACCCAGACCUGAGAGUGGACCAGCAGAGCUCAGAGGUUUCCAGCGGUCCGUCUGCACAGCAGCACCUAACACAGCUGGACUCUAUAUUUACGGAGCUGGAGCGAAACAUGAUCCUUUUUACAAAGAAYGAGCUGAAGAAGAUUCAAAAGGUUUUGAAUCCAUGUUACCCAGAAUGCUCAGAGAGUCAGAGGGAGGAUGAGGAGGUGGUGGAGGAUGAUGAUGUUGAAGAGCAGAGGAGGAGGAACAGCACAGAAGCUUUGCUGAAGAUCAUAGUUUUCUUCUUGAGGAAGAUGAAUCAGGAGGAAUUGGCCGAGCGUCUGCAGAGCAAAACUCCUUCCAUGUGUCAGGAUAACCUUAAAUUCUCCCUGAAGAAGAAAUUCCAGUGUGUGUUUGAGGGAAUCGCUAAAGCAGGAAGUCCAACCCUCCUGAACCAGAUCUACACAGAGCUAUACAUCACAGAGGGAGGGACUGGAGAGGUCAACCAGGAACAUGAGGUCAGACAGAUUGAAACAGCAUCCAGGAAACAACACAGACCAGAAACAACAAUCAGACAAGAAGACAUCUUUAAAGUCCAACAUGAAAGAGAUCAACCAAUCAGAACAGUGAUGUCAAAGGGAGUGGCUGGCAUUGGGAAAACGAUGUUAACACAGAAGUUCACUCUGGACUGGGCGGAAGGCAAAACCAACCAGAACAUCCAGUUCAUAUUUCCAUUCAAUUUCAGAGAACUGAAUGUGCUGAAAGAGAAAAAGUUCAGCCUGGUGGAACUGAUUCAUCGAUUCUUUACUGAAACCAAAGGAAUCAGUAACUUUGAACAGUUCCAGGUUCUGUUCAUCUUUGAUGGCUUGGAUGAGAGUCGACUUCCACUGAACUUCAACAACGAGAUACUGACUGAUGCUACAGAGUCCAGCUCAGUGGAUGUUCUGCUGACAAACCUCAUCAGGGGGAAACUGCUUCCCUCUGCUCUCCUCUGGAUAACCACACGACCUGCAGCAGCCARUCAGAUCCCUGCUGAGUGUGUUGGCAUGGUAACAGAGGUCAGAGGGUUCACUGACCCCCAGAAGGAGGAGUACUUCAGGAAGAGAUUCAGAGAUGAAAAGCAGACAAGAAUGAUCAUCUCCCACAUUAAGACAUCACGAAGCCUCCACAUCAUGUGUCACAUCCCAGUCUUUUGCUGGAUCACUGCUACAGUCCUAGAGGAUGUGAUGAAGACCAGAGAGGCAGGAGAGCUGCCCAGCACCCUGACUGAGAUGUACAUCCACUUCCUGGUGGUUCAGACCAAAGUGAAGAAGGUCAAGUAUGAUGGAGGAUCUGAAAUAGAUCCACACUGGAGUCCAGAGAGCAGGAAGAUGAUUGAGUCUCUGGGAAAACUGGCUUUUGAUCAGCUGCAGAAAGGAAACCUGAUCUUCUAUGAAUCAGACCUGACAGAGUGUGGCAUCGAUAUCAGAGCAGCAUCAGUGUACUCAGGAGUGUUCACACAGAUCUUUAKAGAGGAGARAGGGCUGUACCAGGACAAGGUGUUCUGCUUCGUCCAUCUGAGUGUUCAGGAGUUUCUGGCUGCUCUUCAUGUUCACCUGACCUUCAUCAACUCUGGUAUCAAUCUGCUUGAGGAAUCUUUGAGAGAAGAUAAAGAAUCAGCACUGGCUAAUUUACAUCAGAGUGCUGUGGACAAAGCAUUACAGAGUCCAAAUGGACAUCUGGACUUGUUUCUCCGGUUCCUCCUGGGUCUUUCACUGCAGACCAAUCAGAGACUUCUACAUGGUCUCCUGACACAGAAGGCAAGAAGCUUACAGAAAAACCAGGAAACAGUUCAGUACAUAAAGCAAAAGAUCAGUGACAAUGUGUCUGUAGAUAAAAGCAUCAACCUGUUCUACUGUCUGAAUGAGCUGAAGGAUUGUUCCUUACAAGAGGAGAUCAGAAAGUACCUCAAAUCAGGAAGUCUCUCCACAGAUAAACUGUCUUCUGCUCAGUGGUCAGCUCUGGUCUUCAUCUUACUGUCAUCUGGAAAAGAUCUGGAUGAGUUUGACCUGAAGAAAUACUCUGCUUCAGAAGAGGCUCUUUUCAGACUGCUGCCAGUGGUCAAAGCUGCUAAGAAAGCUGUGUUGAGUGGCUGUAACCUGUCAGCAAGAAGCUGUGAAGCUCUUUCCUCAGUUCUCAGUUCCCAGUCAACUAGUUUGAGAGAGCUGGACCUGAGUAACAACGACUUGGAGGAUUCUGGGAUAAAGCAACUGUGCCAUGGACUGGAGAGUCCAUGUUGCAAACUGGAAACUCUCAGUCUUUCAGGCUGUCUGAUCUCAGAGGAAGGCUGUUCCUCUCUGGCUUCGGCUCUGAUCUCCAACACAUCCCACCUCAGAGAGCUGGACCUGAGCUACAACCAUCCAGGAGAGUCGGGACUGAAGCUGCUCUCAAUCAGUCAAAAGAGACCUGACUGCAGACUGGACACCAUCAGAGCUGAACCUGGUUCUGUCCAGUGGUUGAAGCCAAACUUCAGAAAAUACUUCUGUGAGCUCACACUGGACCCAAACACGGCUCACAAGUUCCUCAAACUGUCUGAGAACAACAGGAAGGUAACCGACCUGCGGAAGGAACACCCACACCCUGAUCACCCAGAAAGAUUUGACUACUGGCCCCAGGUGCUGUGUGAAACUGGUUUGACUGGUCGCUGCUACUGGGAGGUUGAAUGGGUUGGAAAGGUUUAUGUAGCAGUGAGCUACAGAGGGAUUGGAAGGAAUGGUGACAGCGAUGGCUCCAAGUUUGGAGGGAACGAUCAGUCUUGGUGUCUUGCCUGCACUGAUGGCGGAUACAGCGCUUGGCACAACAACAGCGGUACACCCAUUCCUCUUCCUUCCUCKCCUGCUGCCUCUCAUCGUGUAGGAGUCUAUGUGGACUGUCCUGCUGGCAUCCUGUCCUUCUGCAGAGUCUCCGGUGAUGUAGUGACCCACCUCCACAGCUUCAGCACCUCAUUCACUGAACCGCUCUAUGCUGGCUUUGGGUACGGGGUCAAACUGAACUCCUCUGCUCUUUUGUGUCAGCUGUAGACCAACAGGAUGUGGUUUGAUUAACGUGGUAAAAAGUUAUUCCCAUAUACGAGGAAAAACUAGAACAAGUAGAGGAGGCAUCUUCACAGGCUCAACAUGAACAUGUUGAAUCUGUAUUUAUUGUCACAAGCACAUAAAAUGCCAAACUUUCUUUGGUGAUUAAAUAAUUACUUUACUCCUUAUAAUAAGGUGGGGUGUCAUUUGCCUCUUAAGUUUGUAUUAAACAGUUAUGAACCUAUAUAUCUUUUGUCAUGUAUAAUAUAGAAAAUUUAAUAUUUUAAUGAUUUUAUUUAUUUUCCAUUUUUAAGUCUUUUACUUGUGAAAUAUUUGCUUGAAUCUGUGAUGUUAUACAUAUCUUAUUUUUUUGGGAAUUCCAUGGGCACAGAAAUUUGUGCAAGAGCAACAUAUCUCUACGCUAAUUAUGUUUAUUGCAAAUUUGACAAAAAUUGUCUAAAGCGUUAGGUUUAAGCGAUGUUAAUGUCCACCUGCAGGUGGCAGUAUUUACCUCUACUUCACUGCUGCCUCAGACUUUCUUGAUGUCAAGUCAUAACCUGUGAUCGACAGAGUAAAAUAAACUGUGAAUGAGUUACUCAUGUUCAUUAAAGAAUAAAAAUGUUUGUGUGUUCAAGCUUGCAAUUUUUAAUCUUUUUUUCUUCAAUAUGUAGAUUUUGGAAGAAGUUUAAUGAAUAAAGAUCAAUGCAAAUGUUUUUACAGUAGCACUACAAAAUAAAAAAAAUACAAAAUCAACUGCGAAAGUUCUUUAUAGAGACUGACAUGUUGAUGUUAAACCUUUAAAAAUAAAAACAUACGAUUCUUUGC